AUGAAAAGAGUAAAUUUGUCACAUUCGUUCACAAACAUUGUGAGUGGUGGAGAAAUGUUGAAUUCUCUUGUCAAUAUUCAACAUUCAUUAAAAGAAGAUAAACAGCAUAAAUUAAACCUAGAAAAAAAAUUUAAUGAAAUAUUAGACAAUGGUGAUUUUGAAAUAUUCAAUGAUAAUUUAUACUGUGAAGAUCAAAUUACAUCUUAUAUAGACAAACUUGCUCUAACCUACUUUGUUGGUUAUGUUGCUCGAAGUGCCAAAAAACAUUCAUUAGCAAAAACUUGCAAUGAUUGUUUUAAUUCUCUUAUUUCAACAUCAGAUGAUCAUACUAAUCUUGAAGUAGAAGUUCAAGAGUUUAUAAAUAUGAGAAUUAGAGGACAUUUACUCAGUCCAUCAGAAUGUCUAAUGAAUAUAAUAUACUGCGUUUAG